CCAGUUCUAAAUCUUUUGACUCCAUGAUCUUUAUUUCUGAUAGAUUUCUUUGCAUCCCUUGUAGGGGACAUGAAGAUGAAGACCGUUCUCAAGCAGAACAGCACCGAAGCGACUGAAUUUAUUCUUCUGGGACUAACUAGUCGACCAGAGCUGCAGCCAGUCCUCUUUGUGGUGUUUCUGGUGAUCUACCUGAUUACCUUGACAGGGAACUUUGGGAUGAUCACGUUGAUAAGGCUCAUGCCACAACUUCAAACUCCCAUGUAUUUUUUCCUCACCCACUUGGCCCUCGUUGAUCUUUUUUAUUCCACUAAUGUCUCUCCUCAGAUGUUAAUUAACUUCUUGUCAGAGAAGAAAACUAUUUCCUAUAUUGGUUGUUUGACCCAGUGCUUCAUUUUUGUCACCCUGCUCCUCACUGAGUAUUAUAUGCUUGGUGCAAUGGCCUACGAUCGUUACUUAGCCAUAUGCAAACCUUUGCAUUACAGCAGCAAGAUGUCCAAGUCUGUUUGCAUCUGUCUGGUCACUUUCCCUUACUUGUGGGGUUCCCUGGUGGGUACGAUGCAGGUCAUUUUGACAUCCCGCCUGUCUUUCUGUGGUCCUAAUACCAUCAAUCACUUCUACUGCGCUGACCCCCCCCUCUUAAUGUUGACUUGCUCUGACACCUACAUAAAGCAAACUGCGCUGUUUGUGUCAGCAGGAUUAAACCUCACAGGCUCCUUGCUUAUCAUCCUCACCUCCUACAUUUUGAUUUUUGCCACCAUCCUGCGCAUGCGGUCCACUGAGGGGCAGCGCAAGGCUUUCUCCACUUGCAGCUCCCACCUGAUGGCCGUCACUAUGUUCUACGGGUCCCUCUUCUGCAUGUACUUAAGGCCAGCCACUGAGAGUUCUGUGGAACAAGGGAAAAUCGUUGCUGUGUUUUGUAUCUUUGUAAGUCCUAUGUUGAACCCAUUUAUUUACAGCCUGAGAAACAAGGAUGUGAAAGAAGCUCUGAGGAAGGUACUCAAGAGAAAUAUUGGCAAAAUGGAAAAAAGUUGA